UUUUCACUAAACUGGAGAGUAUUGACUGGCUGCACUAUGUUUCAACCCACACCGAAGAGGUGUUUUACCAUAGAAUCAUUGGUAGCGAAGGAUAAUCCUUUGCCUUCAUCGAGAUCCGAGGAGCCCUUACGACCAGCGGCUCUCAGCUACGCAAACUCGAGUCAGAUAAACCCCUUUUUAAACGGCUUUCACUCCGGCGGCCGGGGUGUCUAUUCGAAUCCGGACUUGGUAUUUACGGAGGCGGUUUCCCAUCCGCCAAACUCCGCCGUCUCAGUUCAUCCUGUCCCUCCUCCACAUGCGUUGGCAGCACACCCGCUUUCAUCUUCGCAUGGCCCGCAUCCGCUUUUUGCCAGCCAGCAAAGGGACCCUUCAACUUUUUAUCCAUGGUUGAUACAUAGAUACAGAUAUUUGGGUCACAGAUUCCAAGGCAAUGAAACAAGUCCGGAAAGCUUUCUCUUGCACAACGCACUGGCCAGAAAACCCAAAAGAAUACGCACUGCAUUCUCACCAUCGCAGCUCUUGCGACUCGAACACGCCUUUGAAAAAAACCAUUACGUGGUCGGUGCGGAACGAAAACAGCUUGCACACAGCCUUAGCCUCACAGAAACUCAGGUGAAAGUUUGGUUCCAGAAUAGAAGAACUAAAUUCAAACGACAGAAACUGGAGGAAGAGGGUUCGGAUUCCCAACAGAAAAAGAAGGGAACGCACCAUAUAAACCGAUGGAGGCUGGCAACCAAACAAGGGAGCCCGGAGGAAAUUGAUGUCACAUCAGACGAUUGAGAGACUUUAAAUAUUUGAAUCCGGGACAGCAGCGUGGCGUAAAGGAUGACACGGAUAAGGAUUCUGUGUACAGACAGAAAGAAACGGAAGGAGGCUAAAGGCAGUGUUGUUCACCUUUCACUUUUCGGAGAUUGGCAGCUCGAGUAUUUCAGAUGUAAUUGGGGACUGUCAUUGCUAAGAAACUCUUUAUUGCCGAGCUCUGGCGACUUUACAAGGGCAAGGUGUUGGAAGGGCAGUCUAUGGCAUUCUCUACCCAGCAUCAUGACCACUAACCCACUACACAACAACAUGGCCCCAGUUGACCAGAAACGUUUGCGACAUGGAUGUUUAUGGUCUGUAUGCACACAAAGAUGAAGUUCCCACACCAAAAUACCAAAAUGCUAUGUUUUUUUUUAUUUUGUAAAACUUGAAUUGCAUGGUAGACGAAAGUAUUUUGGUAGACUUUAACUUGAUAAUUUUUCCAUAAAUAUAUCUUUGCUUUAAUAAGUUUUCAUCUCAAAGAUGUUGUAACUUUUCUCCUUUUUUUCAAAAAAAAAUGUGGCGUCUUGAAUUUUGAUCCUCGUGUUUAAGUGAUUGUGUGACGAAGCAGUGCUGCAUUGGUGUUGUCAAGAUGUAACGGAUAAAACACGUUUGAGGUUUAUUAUGUCGCAGAUUAAGUUACCACGACAGUAAAACAAUCCAGGACAUUUAUAAACCCAAAAGAUAGUCUGAAUGUGUGCAGAAUCUCCCGAGUGCAUGGUAGCAAAAAAGGAACGCCACAUGAGCUGUAAACAAGAACGCCUGGGCAGCAAAACUUCAAGCACUGAGCAAGAUCCGUGUACAAAGGCGCUAAAAUAAUAUUUCUGUUGAAUCUUAUUUUAGCAGAAUGUAAAUAAUUUGUGUUUGUGUUAUAUUUGCUACAAUUUUAUCAAAGAGUAUACUUCUAAGAAGUAUGUAAUUGUCAA